UUGUUUUGACUGUUGAGUUGCUAGCUGAUGAUUCCUAGCCAUGUAAAUAUGUGAUCCAUUACCAACGAACUUAUAGUGUGCGGCUGUCGCAAAGUCAAAGAGAAGCUAGGGAAGCGGGAGGCAAUAGUUGGCUACGUUAACUUAACUGGAUCCAUUUGAUUCAUGGAUGGAGGCUGAACCAUGGAUAUUACCAGAGCAAGAUGAGUUGUCGAUGACAUUACACAAUUCUGCUGUCACAAUGAACAGCGAGGAAGAAUUCUACGAUGCUGAGACAGGCUUGGAAUCAGGUGAUGACUUAUCUGAUGUUAGUUUUAAAGAUGCCCUAGUGAAUGACUGUAAGGAUUCAUCAAACGCCAUCAGACCACAAGAUAAUGGAGUGUGGGAGCGAAGGAAAACCCUGCCUGCUCCAAUGAUCUCUAGAAGUGAUUACAGUGUAUGGGGCAUACUGAAGAAAUGUGUUGGCAUGGAUCUGUCCAAGAUAACGAUGCCCAUCGUGUUCAAUGAGCCCCUGAGUUUCCUUCAGAGAAUGUCAGAGUAUAUGCAGCACACUCAUCUCAUCCACAAAGCCUGCACCCUGUCAGACUCCAUAGACCGCAUGCAGCUUUUCUCUUGUGUUAUUUCUCUCUGCCAGGUGGUAGCUGCUUUCGCUGUUUCUUCUGUGGCAUCUCAGUUGGACAGAACUGGAAAACCAUUUAACCCUCUGCUGGGAGAGACCUAUGAACUUACACGUGAGGAUGAGGGGUACAGAUUUAUCACUGAACAAGUGAGCCACCACCCACCUAUUAGUGCCUUCCAUGCCCAGUCUCUGAAGCAGGAGUUUGAGUUCCACGGUUCCAUCCAUCCCAAACUUAAGUUCUGGGGCAAGAGUGUGGAGGCUGAGCCUAAAGGCACUAUGACACUGGAGCUGCUCAAACAUAAAGAGGCAUAUACAUGGACAAACCCUUUCUGCUGUGUACAUAACAUCAUCAUGGGCAAGCUCUGGAUUGAGCAGUACGGAACUGUGGAAAUAGAAAAUCACCACACAGGGGACAGGUGUGUGUUGAACUUCAAGCCCUGUGGCCUGUUCGGUAAAGAACUUCACAAAGUGGAGGGGCAUAUUCAAGAUAAGAGUAAGAAGAAGCGCCGUGUGCUCUAUGGAAAGUGGACAGAAUGUAUGUACAGUGUGGAUCCUAAGAUGUAUGAAGCCAGCAAGAAUAAGGGAGAUGCUAAGAUAAAGACACAGCAGCAAUGUGCUGGAGAAGAGACUGAGGGUGGACCAGAGGUUCAAGAGACUGUUGCUGUGAUACCAGGAAGUGCCUUACUAUGGAGAAUAGCCCCACGACCUCCAGAUUCAGAACAGAUGUAUAACUUCACCCGCUUCACCAUGACUCUGAAUGAGCUGGAACCUGGCAUGGAGAGGCUUCUGGCCCCCACAGACUGCCGUUUGAGACCUGAUAUCAGAGCCAUGGAGAAUGGAGACCUUGACACAGCACAUGUAGAGAAGGACAGGUUAGAGGAAAAACAGAGAGUGGGACGCAAGGAACGUUCAAAUGCGGAAGAAGAGUGGCUAACUAGGUGGUUUCAGUUGGGAUCAAACCAUCACACAGGAGCCCAGGACUGGCUAUACAAGGGGAAAUACUUUGAUAGGAAUUAUACUAACUGUCCUAACAUUUACUGAUGGGUUAAGAGGGACUAAAGGGACUGUCAGGUUUACCAUCGGUGAUGUCACCAGACCACCCACCCCUCACCUCUCCCCGCUGAUGUGACUGUUUACCCUUAUCAUUUAUAAUGAAUUGAUGUAGGCCUGUUUAUGUUCAUUUUUAGCACUGAGGCAAUUGAGAAAUUAAUGUCUGACAGAUUGGUUUUCAUUUUUUGAGUGAGAGGGGAAAAUUUGAGCAACUGACAAAAAGACAAUUUAAGAAACUAUUCAGAUUUUGAUAUCCUUUUACACAUGUCAAUCUUCUGAUAUCCCUGGCUUAUUAACUGGAAGAAUCCCAUCUAUUUCUGAUGGUUCUAUUUAUUACUAUUACCCAUAGUUUAAAAGACUAUAUCCAGUACUGACAAUAUGUGGUGGUAGGCAUUGUUCAGCAUUGUUCUGGGGCCAGUUUUCCAAGUUAUUUACCUGAUAUUUAAUACAGUCUGUUUUUGAGGUAAAAAGGUGAAUUCGGGACAAAUGGUCACAUGGAUGGGGCUCACCUAAUAGUCAGGUUAAUUUCUAUGGUAAUGUAUGACCUACCACUAACGCGCGCAGAGGCUGGAAUUAAAUUAUUGGGAUUUCCUCCCUCUUAUAAAGAUUGUGUCCACAUCACAUUCAUUUGGUCAAGACUGAUCAAGUGCUUUAUUAAUCUAAUAUCUGUGAAUUAAACAGUUUAAUAUUCAAAUAUCACAUGGGCAGUGGCACAGUGGUCUAAGUGACUGAGGCAAGGUUCAGCCAAGAGGGUGCGCCCAGUCCGAUCAAUAAAAGUCGCUGUGCAUUGAUACCAAAGUACUUCAGAGAUAAGUUAUAAAAUUCAACAUUGCCAAUUUCACUCAAAUUUGUAAGAUAACCUUUUCAUUUUGACUUUGGCACAAAAUAAAAUAUGUCUAACAAAACA